AUGGAACAAACCUGCCAGAUGAUGGCCACCUGUAGCUCAAUCAACUACCCGGUUAAACCAUCUUCAGUCACUGCACAUAGCAUCUCCAUAGUGGAUGGAGUCUUCAGCUGGUCCAGAGCUGAACCACCGUCACUCAAGAGGAUAAAUGUGUGCAUCCCAGAAGGCUCCUUGGUUGCAGUGGUGGGACACGUUGGCUCAGGAAAGUCCUCACUGCUUUCUGCCCUUCUGGGAGAGAUGGAAAAACUUGAAGGAGCUGUGGCUGUGAAGGGUUCUGUGGCUUACGUUUCACAGCAGGCAUGGAUUCAGAACUCCACACUGAAAGAGAACAUCAUGUUUGGUCAGGAGGGGAGGGAGGACUGGUAUGACCAUGUGGUGAAGGCGUGUGCCCUCCAACCGGACCUGGAGAUCCUCCCUGCUGGAGAUGAGACAGAGAUCGGAGAGAAGGGAGUGAAUCUGUCUGGUGGCCAGAAGCAAAGGGUGAGCCUGGCCAGGGCUUUGUAUUGUGACCGUGCUGUCUACCUGCUGGAUGACCCGCUGUCUGCCGUUGAUGCUCAUGUUGGAAAGCACAUCUUCGAUCAGGUCAUUGGGCCGCAGGGGAUACUUAAGGACAAGACUCGGGUGCUGGUGACCCAUGGUUUGAGCUACCUUCCCCAGACCGACCUGAUCCUGGUCAUGUUAGAGGGGGAGAUCACAGAGAUAGGCUCCUAUCAGCACCUCAUGGCCAAAGAGGGAGCCUUUGCGGAGUUUCUGCGAACCUACGCCACUGUUGACCAAACUGAAGACACUGAUUUAAAUGCUACACCAAAAAAGGGAGCCAAAGCAGUGGAGAACGGUGAUGUGCCUGUUCUCAUUGGUGGCCCAGCUGUCAGCAUUGAAUCCAAAAAUUCCCCAGAGGAUAAUGAUGGCAAAGAACUGAAUAAGAAGGCCAAGAACCCUGAAAUGGGGAAGCUGACCGAAGCCGACAAGGCCAGCACUGGACGGGUCAAGCCAACUAUAUUUUGGGCCUAUCUGAAAGCCAUUGGUGUGCUUCUGUCCUGCAUCAGUCUGCUGCUGUUUCUUGCCCAUCAUCUGGUCUCCUUGUUCUCCAACUACUGGCUUAGCCUGUGGACCGAUGAUCCAGUGGUUAAUGGCACUCAGCCUUACAGAAUAAUGAGACUUGGGGUGUACGGUGGUCUUGGCCUAACCCAAGGUGUAGCAGUCUUUGGAUAUUCUCUCUCCGUCUCCAUUGGGGGCAUCAUGGCAUCCCGCUACCUCCACCAGUCCUUAUUAUACGAUGUCCUGCGCUCACCCAUGUCCUUCUUUGAAAAAACCCCAAGCGGCAAUCUGGUCAACCGCUUUGCCAAGGAGAUGGAUACCAUUGAUUCUGUCAUCCCCAGCAUUAUUAAAAUGUUCAUGGGAUCCUUGUUCAACGUGGUGGGUUCUUGUCUCAUCAUCCUGUUUGCCACACCACUAGUGGCUAUCAUCAUUCCUUUCCUUGGGGUGCUCUACUUUUUUGUGCAGAGGUUUUAUGUGGCAACUUCUCGCCAGUUGAAGCGCCUCGAGUCGGUCAGUCGUUCACCCAUCUACACCCACUUUAACGAAACAUUGCUGGGCAACUCUGUCAUCCGAGCCUUUGGUGAGCAGGAGCGAUUCAUCCAGGAGAGUGACCAGCGGGUAGACCACAACCAGAAGGCCUACUACCCCAGUAUAGUAGCAAACAGGUGGCUGGCAAUUCGCCUGGAGUUUGUAGGAAACUGCAUUGUGUCAUUUGCUGCCCUGUUUGCUGUUAUAGCCAGAGAAAGCCUCAGCCCAGGCAUCAUGGGGCUGUCAAUAUCCUACGCCCUGCAGCUGACUGCCUCACUGACGUGGCUGGUGAGAAUGUCCUCUGAUGUAGAGACGAAUAUAGUGGCUGUGGAGAAGGUGAAAGAGUACAGCAGUACAGAGAAAGAGGCAGAGUGGCAACACGAGCCUCCCACCGUUCCCCCUGGCUGGCCCUCUCAGGGCUGCAUAGAUAUCCGAGGCUUUGGGCUGCGCUAUCGCCAUGACCUGGACCUCGCCAUUCGCAACAUCACCAUCACUAUUAACGCAGGAGAGAAGGUGGGGAUUGUGGGGAGGACUGGUGCCGGGAAGUCUUCCCUAACACUGGGGUUGUUCCGGAUCAUUGAGGCAGCAGAGGGCCACAUCUUCAUCGAUGGAGUAGACAUUGCUAAUCUAGGCCUCCACGAGCUGCGCUCCAGGAUAACCAUCAUCCCGCAGGACCCAGUGCUGUUUUCGGGCUCUUUGAGGAUGAACCUGGAUCCUUUUGACUCCUACUCUGAUGAGGAAAUAUGGAGGGCUUUGGAGUUCUCCCAUCUCAAGAACUUUGUUUCAGGCCUCCCCAACAAACUCAGCCAUGAGUGUAGUGAAGGAGGAGAAAACCUUAGCGUGGGGCAGAGGCAGCUGCUGUGCCUGGCCAGAGCUCUACUGAGGAAGACCAAAGUCCUGGUGUUGGAUGAAGCCACUGCUGCUGUAGACAUGGAGACCGACAACUUGAUCCAGUCCACCAUCCGUUCACAGUUUGACGACUGCACAGUUCUGACGAUAGCCCAUCGCCUCAACACCAUCAUGGACUAUACAAGGGUUCUGGUGUUGGAUAAGGGAGAGAUGGCGGAGUUCGAUUCUCCCUCCAGUCUCAUCGCUAACAAGGGAGCAUUCUACAAGAUGGCCAAAGAUGCUGGACUGGUCUGAAGAAGGAAGUCUUUUCACCUUGUUCAGCAGCAUCGCAGAGCCUACCAGCUCCCCACGGCUCUGACUGGUGGGGUUUUUUCUUUCAGAGCAGCAGGCAGAUGAAGUAGUUUAUUGGCAGUAAAGGAUUAACAUGCUUCACCUUCAGGGUUUGGUGCCUGCCUGCCUGUCCUAAGCAUGGUUGUUUCUUCCUGUCUGUGUUAAUCUUGUUGGUUUCUGGCCAGUCUGAUUUCGUUCUGUCAUUAGUUACAUGGAGGAGAAAUUUUACCAACAGAUCUGUCGCAUUGAGGGUAGCACAGCUGAGGUGAGGAUACUGAGACCACACGUGCCAAAUGCUGCCUUUAUUUCAUUUAAAUUCUGCUUUUUUAAGAAAGCUUCAGCUGUUAUUUAAGGAGAAUACAUUGACCUCUGUUUUCUGUUUACACAUCCCCCUUAAACACCGUCAAUCAUUCACGUUUUCUGCCAUGUAGCUGCAGCUCUCACUGGGCCCCAUAAGGUCAUCAAUCAUUCUGGGUAUUCUGAAAGCCACAGACUGCGGCUCUGACAGGCUGGACAUAGUCUGUGGAAGGGUGCGUUUGUUUUAUGAGCCAGGGAUGUUCAGGGAACAUGAGCUUUAAAUGUUUCAUAACAAUCUAUUCAUAUUAGCUGUAGUUUUAUAAUAAUGACCAAACAUAUAAACUGUGUUAAAUUAUCUUGGCUGUUAACAGCUGUCAACUCAUUUCUGCUCUUUUUUGGAUAUUUGUAUUUCUAAUGAGGUAAAUAACCCCAACUUAUCAUUUUUCAAAUUAACUGACAACAGUUCAAACAGCUUUAUGCAUGCUUGAUGCAGUGUUCUUUUAAAAGAUAAUUUGUAGAUAUAUGUGUGUUAAAUUUAUUAGGUCUCAGACAAAGCAGCACAUGAUUGGGACUGAUAGCCUACAGUCAGACUAGAUGGCAGACAGUUGAGAGGAUUGCCCUGUCAUCAGAGAGCUUAGCUUGGACAUCUAAAAAAUAUUUUUGGACAUCUGUGGUUCAGACUUGGUAAGAGAAGAACUCUGUUCUGCCAUUAAACUACUAGGUCAUUAUCACUGAGUCCGAACAUAAUUGACGGUCUCUAGUCAGAUAGAAUGGAACAUCAGAUACAUUUGUGUUUUACUUUAAGAGUUAAGGCAUCAGAUUUGUCUGACAGCCAGAAGAGGGGAGCCCUGUUAGCAGCUGUUUUAUUCCCAAACAGGGAAACACUUGAACAGCUUGAAUGUAAAGAAACAGAAGGUACAUCUAGGCUGGUGUAGGUUCUCAGUCAUCCUGGACAUGACAAUCCUAAGUGCUCAAGCAGAACACUACUGGACUUCUUUUGUUUCUUGAGAACAUUUCACCCCUUAUUCAAAAGGCUUCUUCAGUUCACUGAGUGCUCAAAUCUACCUAAGCACUUAGGCUGAGAUGCAUCUCUGAACAGCUCAGGAAUGAGAAUCACAAGGUAAUUCAGGCUUAUAUCAGAAUACAGCAAAAUAGCCAUAACUAAACUCCACAAAUCAUCCCUUAUAUAGUAGUUACAGUACUGAUGACACCCCUUAAUUCAUACCCCUUUAACAUUUUUAUGUUACAGCCACAAGUUUCAGUGUAUUUGAUUUAUAUUUUAUGUGAUUGACCAACACAAAGUCAUGCAUAAACUGAAGUAGAAGGACAGUUAUUUGGGCCCGAUUAUUUACUGACAGAGGGGUGUCUCAGAGUGAUGUUCACCUAGAAGGAGGACUGGGAGCAGCUGAGACAUGCGUUGCUCUGAUUGUGCCAAGUACUACCAAACAUACUUCUAUGUUGUAGCAAAACUAGAAACGCACAAGUUCUGGUGGAAUCUGUUUUACCUGAGCAGGACUGCUUAUUUAUUGUUUCUCUCCUUUCUGCACAUAUGAUGUGUUCUGUAAGGUUCUGAUUGUGGUAGAGGCUUUAUCUGCUGGAUAUAUGAUAGAAAACCACAGUUUUGUUCCAAGCAGUUUGCUUUUUCAAGUUACUGAUUAUGGAAUUUGAGAGACCUAAUUUGUUUUUUUUUAAGUGACGUUGGUUGGAGGCUCUUACAUUGUUUUUUUUUUUUGUUACGUAUCUGUGGGUGAAGCAAAAAAAAAAUUUAGAUCAGUGUUGAUCAGAUAAGGUACUGAUGUUCACAAAAGGGGGCAAUAAUACAAUUUUGAGUUGUUUACAGCUUUUGAGGCAUGUAAUAAAAAGCUAACCUAGCAACGAGUAAUGAAUGGAUUUCAGAUACUUUUUUUGUUUUUCUUUCUUGCAUAACCAUAAUAGAUUGAGAGUUCCUGUUAAGACAUAAGUGACAAGGUUACCAACGGUACAAAAUACAGAGCUUUUGAAACAACAAGCAAAAAAACUCCCAAAGGUUUCCAAUGCAUUUGGAGCAGUUUUAUAAUUCAUACCAGUUUCUUUUGACACACAUGAGUUUAAAGUUUGCUUAAAGUGUGCCAAUAAGCUUCUGGUACACCUGGUUUUUGAUAGCAGCCAGAACAUCUGAGGAUAUGUUUGAAACCGCAGGAGUUCUUUAGAGUCUUUAUGUUAUUCAUCUAGGGGGAAAACCAACCGUUUCCCUGCAGCAGUGCAAUAUAGGAAUGUCAAGGUUGAUGGCUUUAAUCAUUUUCAAGACCACUGUUACAAGCAAGGUCUGGGUCAAAGUUCUGCCACUGCAGAAAGGAAAGGCUUAGAUGCUCUGUGACCUUAUUGGUCAGACUGGUUGGUUAGUGGGAGGAUGUGCGAGGGUGGAACAGUCAGAUCAGUGUGAGCCGUCUUCUGUUAUAAGUUUCUAGUUGCUUUUUUUUUGUUUGACAAAGUGUUGUGCUUCGAAUGUUUUGUACAUUUGGUGUGAAAAGUUUUUUGCUGUUUCUUUUCAUAGUGAACAUCUGUGGAUUGAAUUGAUGAGAUAUUAUUAGUCCAAUGGAAUUAUGAUUGCUUUAUAUAUGGAGAGUUCUAUUUCAGUCAACAGUUAACAUGGAAUAAAAACGUAUGUUUGUAA